ACCCCACCAUCAACAGCUAGUCGCUCGUCCGCGCUCGCAACUGGGGAAGGCCGCACCCGCGAGCCACACAAGCACAAGCACAACCCAACCUCCCCGUCCCGGCCGCCACCGGCAAGUGUGAGUGAUCGACAGCACCGUCCGAGCGUCGCCGUCCUUUACUUUACUUUAACCCAACGAGCUGAGGAGGAGCAGGACGGCGCCCCACCCCCCACAGAAUUCCUCUCUCGUCCACCACCACCAGCGGCUCAGCUCAUCAGAUCGCACGGAGGAGAGGCUUAUUGCUUGCGGGAGCGGGAAGAAUCUUCGUCUCGUUGGCGAGCGAGACAGGUGCGCGUGCGUGCGUGCGUGCGCCGGCGAGGAUAGUAUUGCAGCCGUCGGUCCAGUCGUUCGUCGAUCGAUGGGGAUCCACCUGGUGGCGUUCGUGGCGGCGAGGGGCUUCCUGCAGGUGUUCCAGGUGUCGGCGCCGCUGCUGUGGCCGCUCAACCUCUGGCUGCCGCUCGCGCGCCACCUGCCCGAGGCCUGCGCCGCCUUCUACGACGCCCUCGUCUCGCACGCGGCCCGCCUGCGCGCCACCGUCCGCCGCCACCGACGCGACACCGGCAGCCGGAGCGCCCUCGACGAGUACCUCCGCAACGCCACGAUGCUAACGCUCUCCGACUGAAGAGACUGAGCCGAGCGGCCUGACAACGGGCCAGUAUCGGAGGCGGCCGUGCACAACCCGCCGCCCGCCGCUGCAAGGCCGGCGCGCGUGUGGCCGGGGCUCUCGCUCUUCCACCUGUGAGUAGCUAUAGCUAGGAUCUGCUAUCUCCGUUUGUUUUUUCCCUCGCUAGCUCUUCUUCUGCUGCUUUUCGGUGCUUUGAUUAGAUUAGUAGGUUGUAAUUGCUAGCUAGCAUCUCAAGGUUGAGCAUUGAGAAGCUCUGUGUGGUAAAUUUGUAAUCUCGUCUUCUGUAACUGAAGAACAAACCCAUUUUAGUCGGCAUCGUCUCUUUCUUGCAACGACGCGACAGAAUGCCGAUAUUUUGUGGAGAAAUGAACAAAAAA